GCUCAGGUAGGGCUUGGGCGGGGCGGGAGGCUGGCGCGCACGCGCGGGACGGGGGCCUCGCCCCUGCCGACGUCGCAGGCUGGAGCUCACCUGGGAGACUCCGAGAGGAAGCCGAGCCUCGGUUCGGCCUCUCCCUGGCAACGCCGGAGGCCCCGCGGGAAGGCAGGAGGCGGCGGCGGAGGAGGAGCUGGACUAAUCGGCAACUGUAGCUACAGCCACCGGAGCCGCCACCGCCGCCGCCGCCACCUGCACCUGGCGCCCGGCCCACGUCCAGCGCCCGCCCGGCCGCCGCUUCCCGCCGCCUUGCCCUGCCCACCCGCCAGGUAUUGCAAUUUAAGGAAACCUUCUUGCCAGCAAAUCUAUGAUAAAAAAUAUAUGUAACAGAGGAAACUGUAACUGUUAUUUGUCAAGUGACAAGCUUUUAAUGUCAGAAUGGCUCACCUAAAACGACUAGUAAAACUACAUCUUAAAAGACAUUACCAUAAAAAGUUCUGGAAACUUGGUGCAGUAGUUUUUUUCUUUAUAAUAUUUUUGAUUUUAAUGCAAAGAGAAGUAAGUGUUCAAUAUUCCAAAGAGGAAUCAAGGAUGGAAAGAAACAUGAAAAACAAAAACAAGAUGUUUGAUUUAAUGCUAGAAGCUGUAAACAAUAUUAAAGAUGCAAUGCCAAAAAUGCAAAUAGGAGCACCUGUCAGGCAAAACAUUGAUGCUGGUGAGAGACCCUGUUUGCAAGGAUAUUAUACAGCAGCAGAACUGAAACCCAUUCUUGACCGCCCGCCUCAGGAUUCUAAUGCACCUGGUGCUUCUGGCAAAGCAUUCAAGACAACCAAUUUAAGUAUUGAAGAGCAGAAGGAAAAAGAACGUGGAGAAGCAAAACACUGUUUUAAUGCUUUUGCAAGUGACAGGAUUUCUUUACACCGAGAUCUUGGACCAGACACUCGACCUCCUGAAUGUAUUGAACAAAAAUUUAAGCGCUGUCCUCCCCUGCCUACCACCAGUGUCAUAAUAGUUUUUCACAAUGAAGCAUGGUCCACGCUGCUUAGAACUGUCCACAGCGUGCUCUAUUCUUCACCUGCCAUAUUGCUGAAGGAGAUCAUUUUGGUGGAUGAUGCUAGUGUAGAUGAGUACUUGCAUGGUAAACUAGAGGAAUAUAUAAAACAAUUUUCUAUCGUAAAAAUAGUCAGACAAAAGGAGAGAAAAGGUCUGAUCACUGCAAGGUUGCUAGGAGCAACAGUAGCAACAGCUGAAACACUCACAUUUUUAGAUGCUCACUGUGAGUGUUUCUAUGGCUGGUUAGAACCUUUGUUGGCCAGAAUAGCUGAGAACUACACUGCUGUCGUGAGCCCAGAUAUUGCAUCCAUAGAUCUGAACACGUUUGAAUUCAACAAACCUUCUCCUUAUGGAAGUAACCACAACCGUGGGAAUUUUGACUGGAGUCUUUCAUUUGGCUGGGAGUCACUUCCCGAUCAUGAGCAGCAAAGAAGGAAGGAUGAAACUUAUCCAAUUAAAACACCCACUUUUGCAGGAGGCCUUUUUUCCAUAUCAAAAGACUAUUUUGAAUAUAUUGGAACUUACGAUGAAGAAAUGGAAAUUUGGGGAGGUGAAAAUAUAGAAAUGUCUUUCAGAGUGUGGCAAUGUGGUGGGCAGUUGGAGAUUAUGCCUUGCUCUGUUGUUGGACAUGUUUUUCGCAGCAAAAGCCCUCAUACCUUUCCAAAAGGCACUCAGGUGAUUGCUCGCAACCAAGUUCGCCUUGCAGAAGUCUGGAUGGAUGAAUAUAAGGAAAUAUUUUAUAGGAGAAACACAGAUGCAGCAAAAAUUGUUAAACAAAAGUCAUUUGGUGAUCUUUCAAAAAGAUUUGAAAUAAAGCACCGCCUUCAGUGUAAAAAUUUUACAUGGUAUCUGAACAAUAUUUAUCCAGAAGCGUAUGUGCCAGACCUUAAUCCUGUUAUAGCUGGAUAUAUUAAGAGUUUUGGUCAGCCUCUAUGUCUGGAUGUUGGAGAAAAUAAUCAAGGAGGCAAACCAUUAAUUUUGUAUACGUGUCAUGGACUUGGGGGAAACCAGUACUUUGAAUACUCUGUUCAACAUGAAAUUCGGCAUAACAUCCAGAAGGAAUUAUGUCUUCAUGCUGCUCAAGGUGUCGUUCAGCUGAAGGCAUGUGCUUACAAAGGUCACAAGACAUUUGUCACUGGAGAACAGAUAUGGGAGAUCCAGAAGGACCAACUUCUAUAUAAUUCAUUCUUUAAAAUGUGCCUUUCAGCAAGUGGAGAGCAUCCAAGCUUAGUGUCAUGCAAUCCAUCAGAUCCACUCCAAAAAUGGAUUUUUAGCCAAAAUGGUUAAGUGUUCCUUAAAAUUAAGGAGUUGAAAAAGGAGAUAUUCUUUCUUAUAAAACUGUGACUAGGCAUACACUGUAGUUUUUGAAAAUUAUGCAAAAGCAGCUAACUGUAACUUAUUCCAAGUGCAUUUUUCUUAUUUAUAUCUUAAAAUGUCUAUGUAGCACCGCUACAGAAAUCCCUUAAGUUUCCAUUUCAAAGCACAAUAGCUAGUAAUACCAAAGACUAUUUUGAAAAGUCCAGAUGCAGAGGAAAAGAUGUUUACAGUAUGAUGAAAAUAAUUUUCCAAGUAAAGUGAUGUUCGUGUGCUUUGUACGCUUGAGAAUAUGCAUAGCUACAUUCACACACUCACAAUUAAAAAUUUUUCUUCUAGUUUUUUUGGGGGGGAGGGAGAAAGAUUUGAUACUGUAUUUUUUUAACUACAUAGAAAUGGAUCAAUGAAGGUCAAAAAUUGGCCUUUGUGUAAAACCAGGAAAUUUUUUAUAGAGCUAGAAUUUAUUAUAUAAAAAUGCAGGUAAACUUCUUUUGCAUUUUGUUAACUUAUCUGUCAAAUAUUUCCUUAAACAUGAAAUUAAAUGAAUAAGGAGAAGACUAUUUUUAACACUUCAAUUUCUUGGCAAAUUUAAAAAUAUUUCUUAGUCUAAAGUUUACUUGACUUGAAGCAAAAGACUUAAAAAAAUAACUAUACUGUGUGUUUUCCCAAAGAAAUUAAAAAAAAACCUCUAAGUCGCUAUCUGUUAAAAAGGUGUCUUUUUCCUUUCUGCUAGUCUUUUUUCCUAUCAAAAUUCACUAAUCUUGA